UUCACCACACAAAAAUUAAAGAGGUGUUCCGUAACAUUAUUUUUUUGAAGCAAUCGGACAAGUAAAUUGAGACGGAAGGUGUACGAGUCAGAACUCAGAACUCAUCACACUCACCACCGUUCAUUCCGUCCAUUAUUUCCUACCCCGUUCCUAUAAAAUCAACGCACACGAUUUUUCCUAUUUUCCCUAUUUAAUCAUUCCUUCUCUCUCUUCUUAUUAUCAUUGCCAAACUAGAAAUAAAUUCACACUCCCAAAAAUAAAAUCAACCUUCCAUUUUUCUCUCCAAAAAAAUAAAAUAAAAAUGCUACUACGAAGUUCAUCAACACCACUUCUAAAUUCAUGGGGCCCGACCCAUACUUCAUCCGGGUCAUCCACUUCUUCUUCGCCCGAACCCAAAUCUUGCCUCUCCGUUACGACGUCGUCUUGUUUUUCUAGAAUGAUCCGAGCUUCUUCCGAAUCCGAUCUACGUCAUCUCACUGCCGUUUCACCCAAGCCUAACCCGUUUGGGUCGGGUAUCGGGUCAGAGUCUGGGCCGGGUUCGGGAUCGGGUUCGAGGUUGUUGAUGAAUAGUGGGUUGGGUUUAAGAGAAAGAGUGGUUGAGGAAGAAGAAGAUGAUGACGUGGAGGAGAGAGAUUGUGAUGGAAGUGGGUUGGGAAAUGGCGGAGGAUCCGACCGUCGAAAUGGGUUUGGGUUUGGAAAUUGGGAUUCGAAUCAUGGUAGUGGAGAAAAUACUGAUUUGUAUUAUCAGACUAUGAUUCAGGCUAAUCCUGGAAACUCACUCAUUUUGGGAAAUUAUGCUAGAUUUCUAAAAGAGGUAAAAGGUGAUUAUGCAAAAGCAGAAGAAUAUUGUGGAAGAGCAAUACUAGCAAAUCCAAGCGAUGGGAGUGUUCUAUCACUUUAUGCUGAUUUAAUUUGGCAAACUCACAAAGACUCUUCAAGGGCCGAGAGUUACUUUGAUCAAGCUGUCAAAGCAGCCCCUGAUGACUGUUAUGUUCUUGCAUCGUAUGCGCACUUCCUUUGGGAUGCGGAGGAAGAGGAAGACGAGGAGGAAUCGAACGAGUCGAGCACAUCGAUACCAUUGACGCAUUUCCAAGGAGUUCCUCCUUUACCACCACCUUUAGCUGCUGCUUCUUAAAGAAAGAUUUGAACUUUCCUUCCUCAACUUUCUCAUGUAUAAUCAUAGUACAAUAUUAAUGACCUAAUGUAACUCUAGUUUUAAGUCUUUUGUUCUAUAACCCGUUUUUGCUAACAUAAAAAUAAUUACUACCAUUUAUAGUCUAUCAUCAGAUUUAUAACCCAUAGUUUUUGGCUGCUCCUUUCUUGGUACUAACUAAAUUUUAUGUAAUUUCUUGUGAUAUUCUAUAUCAUAUGAUGGUAUGUAUGAUCAGUAAUAAAAACGCUCUCUAUGAUUUGUGUA